UGAACGCUCCCACGCGCGCACUCUCACUCCUCCCAGUUGACGGAAGCGCGCAUUUGUUUCGACUCAACUCAAGAUGGCAACUGGAGCGGAGUACGGCUUGAAAAAAAUAGUUUGGCAAAGAAUCAAGGACACCAUCAUUGCUGACUGCAGAAAGUCUGAAGUAUGGAAGAUCCUCAUACUGGACCAUUUCACCACGCGCCUCCUCUCCUCCUGCUGCAAAAUGUCCGAUCUCAUGUCGGAGGGCAUCACAAUUGUGGAGGACCUGUACAAAAACCGAGAACCAGUUCCCGAAAUGAAAGCCAUCUAUUUCAUGGCACCUACUGCCAAGUGUGUUGAUGCACUUAUUAACGACUUCAAACUGAAACCCAAAUACAGAGCGGCGUAUGUCUUCUUCACUGAUUACUGUCCUGAUGAUAUCUUCGAUAAGAUGAAGAAGAACUGUGGCAAGCACAUUAAAGUGUGUAAAGAGAUCAACAUCUCGUUUCUGCCACUGGAAGCACAGGUGUUCACCUGUGAUAACCCAGAGGCCUUUAAGAAAAUCUACACCCCGAACAGUCGGGACAAAGAUCAGACUCUGGAGAUGAUAGCUGAUCAGAUCGUAACGCUCUGCGCCACACUGGAAGAGUACCCUGGAGUCAGAUACAAGAAGGAUUCGGAUCUUAAUUAUGGAAAGAAGUUAGCUGAACUUGUGGAUAAUAAGCUGGCACGACAUUACGAUUUGGAUGAUAAUUCAAAGAAAAAGGGAAAAACACAGGCUCAGCUUCUGAUUGUUGACCGUGCAAUGGACCCUGUUAGCCCUAUUCUUCAUGAGCUCACCUACCAGGCCAUGGCUUAUGACCUCAUACCAAUAAAGGACAACACCUAUGAGUAUAAAUUAAAGGAUGGCUCUAAGAAAGAAGCUUUACUGAAUGAAGAGGAUCAAUUAUGGGUCAAACUGCGUCACAUGCACAUUGCUGAGGUCACUGGGCAAAUCCCCAAACUGGUAAAGGAAAUCUCUGCCAGCAGAGGUGAGAAGAAACAGACUGAUGAGAAGAUCUCAGUCGGAGCCCUAUCACAGCUCAUGAAGAAGAUGCCAGGCUUCCGCAAGCAGAUGGCUCAGAAAACUGUCCACUUAUGUUUAGCUGAGGAUCUGAUGAGUCAUUACCAGACGAACGUGGAAAAACUUUGCAAAGCCGAACAGGAUCUGGCUAUAGGUGCCGAUGCUGAAGGACAGAAGGUCAAGGACCCCAUGAGGACGUUACUUCCUGUGCUGUUACACCCACAUGACACCACCGAUAAGAUCCGGGCUGUUCUUCUGUACAUCUUCAGUCUGAACGGUACGACAGCAGAGAACCUGAAUAAACUGAUUCAGCAUGUGAAAAUCGAGGAUGAAAAGGGGUAUAUCCAGAACUGGGAACAUCUGGGAGUUCCCAUCCUCAACAAACCGAGCAUGUUGUCAUUUCGUAAACCGGCUCGGAGAGACCGGUCAGACCAGGAGACUUACAAAGUGUCUCGCUGGACACCCGUCAUUAAAGAUGUAAUGGAGGAUGCAGUGGAGAACAAACUGGAUGUCAAAGACUGGCCGUAUCAGUCUGAAUGUCCGUCGGCGUGGAACGGCUCACGUGCUGUAAGUGCGCGGCAGAAGCACAAGGGCAGUUCUCCAGAUGAUCUCAGGAGCGGCUCGCGGCUCAUCAUCUUUGUUCUGGGUGGGGUCAGUUACUCAGAAAUGCGCUGUGCUUAUGAAGUCACGCAUGCUAAUAAAUCCUGUGAGGUCAUCAUCGGCUCGACGCACAUCCUGACUCCACGUGGUCUGCUGGAGGACAUUUAUAACCUGGGCAAACAACCCAUGGAAACCUUUACCAUCGAGGAGGGCAAACUCUGAGCGUCCCUGCCCUGUAAUUUCCUCUCAGGAUUGAAGGGAACAGAUCUCACAUCAUGCAGCAUUAUUUCUCAUUCACUUACCACAUUACCACAUACUGUCAGAAAUAAACCAGUAGUUCUACUUGGAGCAUUUUGAGAUCAUUUCAUGUCUAAAAUCUCAGUUGUGCUCAGUUUAAGUUAUUUGUAAUAUUAACUCCUCACAACUAACUUCAACUUUGUUGAAGUGUUUAGUGUUUUUUUUUUAAAUUGUGUUAAAUAGAGCUUUAUAAAAUGUGGGAAGAUUAAAACAUUAUUCAUUAAGGACUAAUCAAACACCCAAUUAGUUUAAUAACCCUUUAGUUCAGUAGAGCUCAUGACCAGAGCCUUACAAACUGGUGUCUUUAUUUACCAGUGAUGGCGAAAUGCUUGCACUGGAUUUUCUGUAACACUUUUUUUGUAUUUAUAUCUCUCACACUAACAGUAGUUACUUGUAAAAUCCUCCUGACUGUCAAUUUGAAAAGGUGUUUUAAUGUUUUUGAAUUAGGUUGAUAUGUACAUAUGUAUUGUGUGCUUUUGUGCUGCUCGAGUGUUUUGCUUGUAUAAGCUUUUACUCAUGAAUGAAAAAAUGAGGGAUUUAACAGAUUUAAUGCAUACUUGAUAUUGAACAACUGACAUAACAUGAAUGACGUGGUUCAAUUCGUAUGUUUGGUUUGUAAUGUUUGUAUAAUGUUUGUAAUGUGGUUUGUCUAAUAACUGUACUUCAACAUAAAAAUAUAUUGUCUCUA